AUGAGCCUCCCGAGCGGCGUGGACGUGUCGGCGCUGAUGUCGGGCCACGGCGUGCUGGGCGCGCUGCCGCCGGCCUUCUUCCUGCGCGCCACGGAGCGCUACCAGCGCACGCCCAAGUGCGCGCGCUGCCGCAACCACGGCGUCGUGUCGGCGCUGAAGGGCCACAAGCGCUACUGCCGCUGGCGCGACUGCGCGUGCGCCAAGUGCACGCUGAUCGCGGAGCGGCAGCGCGUGAUGGCGGCGCAGGUGGCGCUGCGCAGGCAGCAGGCGCAGGAGGAGAGCGAGGCCCGCGAGCUGGGGCUGCUGUACCCGCCCGCCCCGCUGCCCCCGGCGCCUCUGGCCAGCACCGCGCCCUCAGGUACUGACGACUACCUAUCGGCGCAAUAA